CCAUUUCCUCGGUUGUUUUGCUUUUUUCGCCUGAAUUCUCCAUGUUGGAGCAAUAGCGAGGUCUUUCAUAACGACGGGGGGGAAUGUACACAAAUAUACUGCUGGCGAAGACAACGCUAGAAAGGAACAAGACGAUCACCUCGGCGCCCCUCGGCCACGUGAACCAGAAAUUUAGGCAACAAGAGAAAUAACAGCAAAACGGACUCCUUGCACUAUAGCACGACUGCAUAUACAUAUUGCAAGCGCUCGCUUUUAGGGGGGACAGAUUGGAUGCUGUCGGACUGUGCAUUUGUUAGAUGGAAAGUUCUAUUAUCACCCAAGUACACAAAGAGGACCCUCAACUGCAGUCGAAACCAGGCCAAGUGAGCAAGUCUUCCCCCAAAAAGCCCCGGAGCAGGAAUAUCUUCAAAGCGCUCUUCUGCUGCCUCCGAGCACAGGAUGCCCCUCCGUCAUUGCCUCCAGCCCAGGAUACUCUACUGCCACCUGAGAACAAUGGAACUGUUGCCAAGGUCCCGGGAACCUGCCUGCUGCCCGAGAUGACCCCCCAGGACCAGGGCAAGAUAUGUGUGGUCAUCGACCUGGACGAGACGCUGGUGCACAGCUCCUUCAAGCCAGUCAGCAACGCUGACUUCAUCGUGCCUGUGGAGAUUGAGGGAACAACGCACCAGGUGUACGUCCUGAAGAGGCCACACGUGGACGAGUUCCUGCAGAAGAUGGGAGAGAUGUUCGAAUGUGUCCUUUUCACUGCUAGCCUGGCCAAGUACGCAGACCCAGUGACCGACCUGCUGGACAGAGGCGGUGUCUUUCGUACGCGGCUCCUCCGGGAGUCCUGUGUCUUCCACCAGGGCUUCUACGUCAAGGACCUGAGCCGGCUGGGGCGAGACCUGCACCGGACCCUCAUCCUGGAUAAUUCCCCAGCAUCCUACAUUUUCCACCCCGAGAAUGCUGUGCCUGUGGUGUCCUGGUUUGAUGACCUGGACGACAUGGAGCUGCUCAACCUUCUGCCCAUCUUCGAGGAGUUGAGUGAGACAGAGGACAUCUACGCCAAACUCCAGCUGCUCCGAGCCCCCUGAUAGCUCUCCUUCCCAAUCCUGUCCCAUGUGCACCAGAUCGCACUCAUGAAGCUCCGGACCCCGCUGGAACAAGGGCGUCGUGUUUGCUCCCGAUGACUUUGCAUUGGAGUGAAAUCCUGUACUGCCCGCUGUCCUCCAUCUCUUAUGAUAGCCAAUGAUGUUACCUGCCAAUGUCCAGGACUCACUGCCACUUACUGCUGGUUCAACAAGCCAGUGUUAAGGAUCUCUGGACUUUAUCGCCAUGAAAAGCAAGAAAUCAGCAUUUUCUUUUCUUUUAAAAUUUUCAGUAGUUCACACUUGCACAUUACUUUAGAAAGCACUAUCUUGCUGACUGAGACUUUGAUUAUAGCACUAUCACAUGGUGGACUGGAUGUUGUGGUAACCAGAAUGACCUUUUAAUGCAUCAUGCUGGUCUCUGUAAGCACAACAAAUGAAAGCCAGUUUUCCAGUUUUGCUCUCGGAGAACAGAAAGUCAUUCUAUAGCCUUAAGUAAUCUCAAGGAGACACACAAUGCUGAAUCAGUGGGUCUUUCUGCCCAGUGAAAAGCCAGCAUUACCUGACAUCUGACUUGGGGGGUCCUUGGGCUCCUGGCUGUCCAUCACUGUGCCUUUAUUAAAAAAAAAAAUCUCCGCUUAGUUACGUUCUUUCAUGGAUUUUUAGGUUAUAUAUAUUUUAAAAUUUUGUGUAUCUGGUUGUUCAGCAUAUGGGAAACUACACAUAUAUUUAAAGGUUUUGUGAGGAAGAAUAGCCAUACAGAACCCUCUAGACUUUGUUAGGGACCAUCCAUGAGAGGGCUUAGACCACAGUAUUAUGGUUUAUAGUGACCAUACUUGGUUUACUCUAUGCAACGACAUGUAUACAAGUGUUUUCAGAGAGGGGUUUUAAAACCAUUGUUGCUAUGCUCUUUUCCCAAAAAUGUUGUGCUGUGCAGGUGAUUUCAGAUCUCUGCUCUAGGUGGCGAUCUUGAGCUGUGUGGCUGGAGCUGCCAGUGGUAGUACUGGUUCAUGUAUUGGCCCACUUAGUCUGCUACCCAGAUCCACCAUUUCAUACUGGAUCCACAGAAGAUCAUGUCGCUUCCACCUGCUCCCACAGUAAUAUCAGAAAUGCUUGACAGAAAUUUACUGUAAAGUUACGUAAACACCUGCUGUACUAUAGUAUUCAUGGUGCAAGUAUGGUGUUUUGACUGCCGUUGACAUGCAUUGUUUUUUUUGUUUUUUUUUUUGUGUGAUUUAUCUCAACAAAUUGAAAAUAGAGAAGAGUCCUAGUGGUCUUUUAAGGGGGGCUUUUUGGGGGGCGGGCGGGUGGACUUGCGAUCAGUAGGAAAGAGGUUUGUUUUUGCUUUUUUCCCCUUUCUUUCCUUCCUAGCUUUUGUGAGUUAAGAGCUGCCUGCUUUGUAUUUCUUUGCCUUUCUGGUCCAUGUAAGCACCUAGUUUUUUUUUUUCCUUUUAAUUUUUAAAAUAUGAGCAUUGAAGUGCCUGAGUUGAGUCUUCAUUGUAAACUUUGACUGAGUGGGGGAAGAACUCACUUUUUUUUUUUUAUAAUGAAACAUUUCAGACUGCAAACUUUUUAAAAAUUUCAGGCCAUUUCUUUCCCGUAGAGGAUGCUGAGUUAACAUCCAUUUUUUGUCCCCCUUGCGAUUUUAUUGUUGCAGGUGACAAUGGGUGAAAUGACUGUGAAAUGACCCUGUGCAUUUUGCAUUCCUAACUCGAUUUACUCUGUACUGUCAUAGUACCUGGAAGGGGUUACAGUGGCUGUAUAAGCGUGUUUGUUUCCUUAUGCGUGAUGUCGGUCAGCCUUUUGUAUAAACUGUCGCGUUUGGUGGUGGGAUGUGGUGUGGGGUUUAUGGAUGAUGUACUGCUUUGAUUAAGCCAAAUACAAGGUCAGUGCUGGCCAGAGUUUCACAGCUGCUCUUUAUUUGGGGACCAAAAUCUACCAUUUUUUUUUUAAUCCUAAGUAAUAAGCUUCAUUGUGGGUGGAGGGAAAUCCUUAUUAAGCCUGAAAAGACAGUGUAAUAAUUUGUGCUACUGCCAGUAUUUUUCCUGUCCCUGAAAGUCCACUUGGGUUUUGGGUCCGAUGGCUGCAUUUUGCACGGGUUGGUGAAAUGGCAGAGCCAGGACUGGAAAAAGAAGCGAUCUGAACGGCUGCACUCUGGGAAUGUUUGGGCUGCUGGAGGUGAAAGGGGGGCAGGAGACACAAACGGCUCAUGUUUCUUUUUAAAAAUAGGAGCCUGGGGGGUCUGUCCUUAUUCCAGGCUUUUUUCCCCCCAUUAUUUUCGUCACUGAAGUGCUGUUUGAAGGGGCUUUGUGAGGUUCCACAGUCACGGGGGGGAGGAGCUUAUUGAAUGGAUUUGAGGGAAUUGCCACAAAUUUCUUACAGAAAGCUGUUUGUUCUACUAGUAUUUAAUAUCCAAAUAAAGCAAACAAGCUUUUACCCAGCUGAUUAGAGGCUCUGAAGGUAUACUUAAAAUGCAGGUAUAUAUUUUUGGAGGGGAAUGAAUAUCUUAUACACUGUUGUGGUUUCAAAAGUAUUUACUCCUGAACAGAUAUGCAUCUGAAUUUUGUAACCUUAAUUGAUAAAAUUUGCGCUCGGUGGUCAUUGUGUUUAUGUAUUUGAAUUCAUGAUGAUUGCGUACUGUUGGCAGCAGUGAUCAUGUUUUUGUGCAGUUUAAGUCUUGACAAUCCGAUGUUGGAUAUUUCCCUCCUCUGUGUGUGUGUAGAGUACGUGCAGAAGGUUUUCCAUAAUUCUAGGAAUCUGUUGAGUUAUGUUCAGCCACUUGUUCACUGUGACAUUGCCCCAGGUGUGUUUAAAAGCAGCUGGAAAUGUUUGGGCCCAGUUGUAUUGCUGGUCCAAAAACUGAAUACAUUAUCGAGGUUGAAUGUUCCUGUUCAGCUUUGUAUUUUCAGGGUGUGUUACCUUACCAUGCACAUAUGUCAGUGGGGGCUGGGGACUUUGAGGAAGGCGAGACGGUCAUACAGUAACUUCUUAAUUUACACUCCUAAUCUCCAAAUGCUGUAUUAAAGUAUUAGGGAAGAAACUUGAAAUAUAUAUUUCUAUACUGUAUUUUUGGAGCUUUUGAAAAACGUUUCUGAAAAUGGUAAAAAGUGGUUAAGAAUAAUAAACACGUUAAUUAAA